GAACAGAGUAGGAGGAGAGAGAUGUAAGGAAAGAAAAAGGAGGGAGAAGAUUAAAGACGCUCCUGAGAAAUUGUUUUAAUCCAGAACCUCAGGGCAGGAAAAGUGCACCAAUCAAGAAAAAGUGAGGCUUGAGCCUUGUUUGGACUCUGCUGUCUUUGUAGGUCCUGUUUUGAAGUGCACAUUAGAAGAGGUCAAAGUUCAAAGAUCAAGCUCAGCAGCAGUGUGUGAAAAUGUUGUUGAGGCUUCUUCUCAUCAUUGGGAUCACCUCUGCCACUGUUACAGCUCACGGACCUCAGAGGAGAGUCAGCAGGGAGUCAGGCUCUUCUGUGUUUCACUCUGAUGACAAUUAUGAGUGGUCCACAUGGUUUAAUGUUGAUCACCCUGGAGGUCGUGGAGACUAUGAACAGCUGGAAGCCAUUCGCUUCUACUACCGUUCCCGAGUGUGUGAGACUCCCCGGGCGAUAGAGGCCAGAACCACCGAAUGGGUUCCAGCCCGUGAAACUGGGGAGAAGGUCCAUGCAGACCCCACCGUUGGCUUCUGGUGCCUUAAUGAGGAGCAGGGUCCUGAUCGCAACUGCUCCAACUAUGCAGUCCGCUUCCUCUGUCCUAAAGAUAGCCCAGAGAAGUUUCAAGGUACCUGGGGUCAGUGGUCAGACUGGAGCCCAUGCCCCGCCCUCUGUGGCCAGGUGGGGGUCCAGCUACGCUCCAGGAACUGCCAAUCUAGAUCUCUACCUUGCAUUGGUCCAAAAGUGGAAGGGAAAGAAUGUGAUGGACCUGAAUGUCCAAAGACAGAUUGCCUCCUUCAGUGUGUAAUGGGGAGGGUAAAUGCUGAAUGUGACGCAUGCAUGUGUGAAGAUCACAUCCUGCUGGGUUCUGUCCGUGGGGCCGGAGGUCUUACUGCUGAGGGGACAACAAUACUUCGCUCUGACCAACUCCUUACCCUUACCGACCACAAUGGGCAUUUUCGUAUCCCUGGCAUCUGCCCUGAUGGAAAUGCCACCCUGACAUUCAGCCUGCAGGGUCACGCUCCCCUUAGCGUUGUUGUGCCACACAGUGCGGAAAAGAUCUCUGUCCUCAGUGUACAGCUGAAACGAACAGAAAAGCUUCAUGUGCUUAGCAACCCAGAAAGCAAGGUCAGGAGGGAGGGACAAGCUACCGCCUUCUGCUGCAAAGUGGCAGGAACCCCACAACCACACAAGUACCAAUGGUUUCAUAACGACACCUUAAUGGAGAGUCACUCAGAGAGCACCUUAGUCCUAAGAGAUCUACAACCUGAGCAGUCUGGGGAGUACCACUGCAGAGCAAUCGGCCAAUCAGGGGCUAUUAAGACCAAACCAGCUACACUCAAAAUCUUAGGUAAAGAUGAGUAUUCAUGUAAUCCCACACCAGAGUCUCACCUCAUCCGGCUCCCACAUGACUGCUACCAAAACAGCACCAACUCUUUCUACUAUGAUGUAGGCAAGUGCUCUUCAGGUCCAUGUGCUGGACAACUGGACAAUGGAAUUAGAUGCAAAGACAAAGUGGCUUACUGCUGCGGUGUGCAGAAAAUGGAAGAGAGGCAAUUAACCUGCCAGGGCUAUCAACUACCCACUAUGGUGGUGACUGAGUGUGGCUGCCAGAAAUGUGUUGAUACCAAGGCUAUAGUGUAUGGUAGGGCCAUUGCUGCAGACAAUGGUGAGCCAAUGAGGUUUGGCCAUAUCUUCAUGAAUGGAGUCAGAAUUAGCCGCACAGGCUACAAAGGAACUUUCUCCAUCCAAGUUCCUCCAGACACUGAAAGGCUAGUCCUGACGUUUGUGGAUAACAUGCAGAAGUUUGUCAAUACCACAAAGGUGCUCCCAUUUAACACUAAAGGAGGGUCUGUUUACCAUGAGAUCAAACUAUUAAGAAAGAAAGCCCCUGUGACCAUCAGCCCUACAGAGACCAACACUCUAGAGCUUGGAGAGGUGGAAGGCCAGGAGGCCAUGGUUCAGAUCCAGAUUCCUCCAAAUUCUUUCUACACAGAGAGAGGGGAAGUCUUCACAGGUAAAGUUAAUGCUAGUGUUACAUUCCUCGACCCUAGAGAUGUCUCCACAGCUGCUGCAGCUCAAAGUGAUCUCAACUUUGUUGGAGAUGAUGGAGAUACACUUCCCCUGAGGACCUAUGGGAUGUUUUCAGUUGACUUUAGGGGUGAGGAAAACAAUGAGCCCCUAAACGCUGGUGAGGUGAAGGUGUUUCUGGAUUCUGCCCAGGUGAAAAUGACUGAACACCUCGAUACCAUGAAGCUGUGGUCACUGAACCCUGAUACAGGCCUGUGGGAGGAGGAAGGCAGUCUGCAGAUGGAGAAGAAAAGAAGAGGCAAAAGGGAGGAGCGAACCUUUCUGAUUGGUAACAUGGAGAUCAGGGAGAGACGUCUUUUUAAUCUGGAUGUUCCAGAGAACCGUCGGUGUUAUGUAAAAGUGAGAGCCUUCCGCAGUGAACGCUUCAUGCCUAGUGAGCAAGUGGAGGGAGUGGUGGUGAGUCUUAUAAACAUGGAGCCCACGGCUGGCUACUCUACUAACCCUCGUGCUUGGGGUCGUUUUGAUAGUGUCGUCACUGGUCCUAAUGGCGCCUGUCUUCCUGCCUUCUGCGAUGAACAAAAAGCUGAUGCCUACUCUGCUUAUGUCAUGGCAAAUCUUGGAGGAGAGGAGCUGGAGGCUGUCCCUUCUGCUCCCAAACUCAAUCCAAACCUAGUUGGUGUGCCUCAGCCUUACCUUGGUAAGCUGAACUACAGGCGGACUGAUCAUGAGGACCCAAGAGUGAAAAAGACCGCUUUCAGUAUCAAUGUGGCUAAACCAAGUUCCAACACAGCUGAAGAGGGCAACGGACCAGUGUACUCAUUUGAGAACUUAAAAGAAUGUGAGGAAGCCCCCUUCAGUGCUGCACACUUCCGCUUCUCAAGAGUAGAGGGAGACCGCUAUGACUACAACACAGUGCCGUUCAAUGAAGAUGACCCAAUGAGUUGGACUGAAGACUACCUGAGCUGGUGGCCCAAACCCAUGGAGUAUCGUGCCUGCUACAUAAAAGUCAAAAUCAACAGCCCACAUGAGAUCAACGUACGAUCUCGAAACAUGGGUGGCACCCACCCGAAGACAGUGGGCCAGCUGUAUGGCCUCAGAGACACUCGCAGCAUCCGUGACAUGGACCAGACAGCAGUUUCAGCAGUCUGUUUGGAGUUCAAGUGCAGUGGAAUGCUGUAUGAUCAGGAACGUGUAGAUCGUACCCUGGUCAAAGUGAUUCCACAAGGAAGUUGUAGGAGAGAUAAUGUCAAUUCAAUGCUGCAAGAGUAUCUGGUCAACCACCUGCCCCUAGCUGUCAACAAUGACACCAAUGAGUUCACUAUGCUUGCACCUCUUGACCCUCUGGGCCACAACUAUGGAAUUUAUACAGUUACAGACCAAGAUCCCCGCACAGCCAAAGAGAUCGCACUUGGACGCUGUUUUGAUGGCACUUCUGAUGGUACAUCUCGUGUCAUGAAGAGCAAUGAUGGUGUAGCGCUGACAUUCACCUGUGGGGAUCGUGAGGUGACACGUCAGAGUAGUGUCUUCCAGGCUUUACAGAACUCACAAGGUCAGCCAGUAACAAGUGUGGUGAGAGGAGAAGGACGACAGAACCGACGUCGUCAGAGGGCAAAUACACCACGCAACAGUCGAAGACGCAGCACCAGGGAUCCUCUUGGAAAACGUACAAAGGCAACAAACUGAACUAUAAAACUGAAAAUCCACAAGACCAAUUUCAACCAGGAACAGAUGAGUGGAUAAAAUUAACCUGUUUUGAUACAUUUGAAUUUCUUUUUUUUUUAAUUACCCAAGUAUGUAAACAAACUUACGUCUAUUUCUAACAGCCUCUUGUUAUGGAAUAAUGGUACUGUUAUUUUGUACUACUAUUUUCAUUUGUACUGUGGUAAAUAUUUACUUGAGACUGUAAAUAGAGUAUUUAUUACAUAUGCCUUAAAGUCAGUCAUCAGUGAACUGGGUGCUGUAUAACUACAUUCAAAUUUGAAAACAAGAAUAAAAACACAUUUGUCCUUUU